AUGAAAUUUCAACUAUUCAUAAUUUUAACAGUUUUUGCGUUCUCGCGAGCACAUUCGCCAUUUAAUAAGCAUUAUGUGGGUCAGCAACAAACUCGAAACACAAAUCUACCAUGGACAUUACAGAAUCAGCAAGCGAUGCCACAGACCUUUCCGCCUGAACGUCGAAAUGGAACAUUGAAAGGUGGAUUUGGCACUAAUGUAUUUGACGUAAUGUUUCAAUGGAAUAUUAUGGAUUUUGAAUAUCCGACACCACAAGCUCGAGCUAAUGCAAUUGCAACAAGACAGUUUAUACCGCAAAAUGUCAUUCCAUUGGGCAUUGCUGUUAAUGUGGAUCGAAUUUUUGUGUCAACGCCGAGAUGGAAUGAAGGUAUCCCAGCAUCACUCUCAGCAAUCGACCUCCCAGCUUUCUCCCAGUCACCAGCACUUCCACCAUACCCAAACUGGCAAUCACACACAUCAACUACAAACCCUGACUGCAAUCGUCUCCUUUCUGUCUACCGAAUGGUCAUAGAUGAGUGUAAUCGACUGUGGGUAAUUGAUUCAGGAAUCGUUAAUGCUCUCACAAAUCUCCAACAGCUUUGCCCACCAAAAAUCGUUGCAUUUGACCUUACAACAGAUCAACAAAUUCUUACAUAUCCAUUCCCACCUGAACAGGUUCUUCAAGGUUCACUUCACACGAAUCUUGUUGUGGAUAUUCGUAAUAAUGAAUGUAAUAGAGCUUUUGUAUAUGUCAUGGAUGUAUGGAGGAAUGGAUUGCUAGUUUUUGAUAUGGCACGUGGAAUUUCUUGGAGAACAACAAAUUAUUUGUACAAUCCUGAUCCAUUUGCUAGUGAUUAUAGCUAUCAGGGAUUGAACUUCCAAUGGACUGAUGGAAUAUUUGGAAGUACUUUGAGUCCGUUGAAUAAGCCUGCUGGGGACAGAGUGCUGUUUUAUCAUCCGAUGAGCAGUUUUAAUGAAUUCAUGGUAAGAACAUCAAUUCUCCGUAAUCAAACUGCUUGGACUACCAACUCAGCUCCAGCAACAGCAUUUCAAUCAAUCGGAUCUCGAGGUCGUCGUGGUCAAUCAUCAACAGCUGACAUGACUCCAUCUGGUAUCUAUUUUGCUGCUCAAGUCCAACUCGAAGGUGUCAGCUGCUGGGAUACACGAAAACCAUUCAAUCAAAAUAAUGUAGCGAUGGUUCAACGUGAUCCAGUCCUCCUAGGCUUCCCUAAUGACCUCAAACUCGAUGCCAAUCGUGAUAACGUGUGGGUUGUAAGCAAUAAUCUUCCAAUUUACCUUUACGGUCAGUUGGAUUUCAAUCAAAUAAAUUUCCGUCUAUUGCGUGCAAAUGUAGCUCGAGCAGUUCGUGGAACAAUUUGCGAUCCACAAGUGCCUGCUAAUCAGGAACUUGUCGACGUUUGUCCAAUUAACUAA